AUGACAUCAACAUUUAAUAAUCUUCCACGUUUAGGUGAAACAAAAGCAAAACCCAAAAUCGGUGAAAUUCGUUUAACAGCUGAUGGAACACGACGUAAACUAUUCACUGGUAAAGCUUGGCAAUUCUUAUGUAGUGGUGAUCCGAAUUGUCGAAUUCAAGCUAAAUCAACAUGUCGAAAUCAUAGAAGUUCUCUAACUAAUGAUACAUCAUUAAAUGAAUUAUCACCAAUUCAAAUAAAACGACCAAAACUUGGGAAUACACAAAUAUUACCUAAUGGAAAUCGACGUAUAUGGCGAGGUGAACGAUGGCAAAAAUUAUGUCGUGCAGAUAAUUGUUUAGUACAAGCAAAAGAUUUUUGUAAAUCACAUCAAAAUCAACGAAUGUCAUUACCAAAUACAAAUGAAAAGUCUCGAUUUACAAAUCGAACACGAUCUUAUUCACUUACUAGUCAAAAAAAAGUAGAAGAAGAAGAAGAACAUCAACAUAUUGAAUCAAGUGAUGAUUUAUCUUCUUCAAUAAAAGAUCAUAAUUCACUUCAAUUACCAAAUAAUAAACGUCGUCGUGUUGAUGAUAAUAUAUUUGAAGCAAUUGCCGUAUCACCAUUAAAAAAACAUGAAUUACAUACACGUAAUGGACGUCGAGUACGAUGUAAUGGGUUAAUAUGGAAACACUUAUGUGCUGAUAAAAAAAAUACUGUUUUGACACGUAAUUAUCGAGGUCGAAGUAUGUCUAGUAAAAGAUCAGAUGAAAAUAAGUCAAAUCAUAUUCAAUUAUCAUCGUCAGAUACUAUUGAUUCAUCAAUAGACAAUAAUUCGGUGACUCAAAUAAAAAAUAGUAAAAAAAGCAAAACUACAGGUGAUAUUAAUAAUGAAGAACAUAUUGUUCCGAAAAGAAAAUCGAAUGGACGACGUCGAAAAGAAAAAUCAAUUGAAACACCUAUUCUAAACGAAUCUGAUUUAACAUUAUCAUUAAAAUCUAAUCGACUUGAUAUAAAUGAUCAAUCUGUUGAAAUUCCUAUUCGUUCAUCAUCACCAUUUCUUUAUGAUACAUCGACAUCUGCAAUUAUUGAACAAUUUGGAACAAUUAUCAAAAAAGAAAUGGAAGAAGAAUCAUUAAUUUAUAUUCCACCUAUACAUACAAAUGAAAUUGAAUCUCCAUGUGAAACAUUACAAGAUUUCUUACGUGUGGAAGAAUUAAAAAAAAAAGAAUUUAAACUUGAUUGUCAACGUAUUAGUUACCGUUUAGCAAAAAUUCAAGAUUGUAUUGGUAGUAUUUCAUCAAUGACUAGUUGA